AUGGGAUACAAAGCAAGACCGAAGCGAGAACGCAGUGGUGUCUCCUUGGGUCAUCUUGAGGGAAAGGUAGAUGACAUUGCUGAAAAGCUCCAAAAGCUAUGCAUCAUGCUGGAGAACAACAGUCGGCCCAAACAGAUCAGGUCAACACCAAAUGUCGUGGGUUCGAGCGGAAGUCAUCAGGUUCUAGCAGACUCAGGGACAAGUUAUCAAGGAAGUCAAAGGGACCCCCAAGCUCCUCGCGAUCAGGUCGAGUAUGAGGGUGAUUCGUCCCUAGCUGCCCACGCGGACUUCACAACUCGAGUUUUGGAGAAUGCUAUUACUACGGACCUGCCAAUAUCCCACUAUGACGAAAUGGCGUCCAUGAUGAAGGAUAUUCGAAACACCAUCAGGACAGUCAGUUCCCUUAAUAGUAAUGUCGCAGGUCCCUGUCAUGCAACACCGCCCGCCGGAGAAGACUAUCCGCAGGAAACACUGCCGCCCGUGCAGCUCACGUUGAACUGUUUACGCAUGCUAAAAGAAACUCCAAUGAUGAGGUACUUCUGGAUGAUGCAGUUUGAAUCUGUAGGCCAGGUCACUGAACAGCUGCUCGGCGUCUACUCAACCGAUAGAGCCCCAUCGAUGGCAGAGUUGAUAAUCGCACAUAUUGGUCUUUACUGGCUGUUCACUCAAAGCGGUCAAUUCUCGACCGAUACCUCUGUUCAACGGACGUAUCUGUCUUACGGCUCUGCAUGUCAGAGUCAUGCGGACUCUGUCCUCUCGAAGCUGUCUUUCCAUCUUCCCACGUCGGUAGACUACAUUCUAGCCCUUACAAUGGCUGUAAGUACGGCCCAUCUAUUCCGACCUCAGAGACCUACCAUACAUAGCAUAUUGCGCAGAAUUGUUCUGACAGCGGGGACAAUCCAGACCGAAUACUGUAUGGGCCAGUGUAAACCAACUAUGGCAUGGACCUACAUCAGUACGGCAUCUCGGAUGAGUCAAGCUAUGGGCUUGCACCGCAUAGCUUCUCAACAGGACCAUAGCUUUGACUCUGAGACUCGUCAAAAGUCCAAACUGUUCUGGGCCAUGUUCAUCUUGGAGAAAAACCUCUCGUUGCAACUCGGCCGAUCUUCCACACUCCGCGAUCACGAUAUCACGGUCCCACUUAAGGCCAUCAAGAUGGGAUACCAGAUAGGGGGCUCGCUAGGCGUUCUUUCUCCAAAAUGGCUACGAAUUUCGCAAAUUGAGGGCAGGGUGUACGAUGAGAUCUACAGUCCAGAAGCACUACAUCAAGGCGCCAACACGAGGAACUCCCGAGCUCGGAGUCUGGUAGCUGACCUGAAGGAAAUCAUCAAUGAUACAGACUCGUACGAGAGUGAGUUCCUUCAAGAAAGAAGACGAGUCCUCGGAAACACAAUCGACGACAUUUUCAUCCAAUGCGACAAGAUCUCAAAUCUAUCUCUUAUGUGCUUGAUUUACCGCAGUGUUUGCCAGGACAACGUACCUUUCUGCGAAGAGUGCAUCAGCACAGCUAGAGAGGCUCUUGAAGAACACACAAGAAGCAUGUCUCUGAUCGAUUCCCGCGACACCCACCUAUUUGACAUUCCCAAAUUUUCCAAGUUUCACGGGCUGACGUCUGCGCGCAGGACGCUUCUUUCAUCCACCUUCGUCCCAUUCUUUGUUAUCCUUUGCAAUGCAAUUUGGACAGUGAACACGGCAGACCUCGAACUCCUAGGCUCGUUAGUCAGUUCUUUGGAGGCUGGUCAGGACCGGGAUACAUUCAGCGCCAAUCAUCUGCUCGAGACCUUCAAACCGUUGUACAACGCAGCGUUCAAGUACAUUGCGGCAAAGUCUCAUUCUGCCUCAGGGUCAAUGUCUGAAAAUAUUACCUUCGAAAUGAUAUACCACCAAACAGCACCAGUGGCGGAUCCAGGACAAUGGCACAACAUCUCGGUGCUGACGUCGCUGGACCAGUUCAUGUCGCAGUCGGCUCCAUCCGCGCCGAUGGUUCUCAAUGGCACCGGCUUCGCUGAUCUAAAUAACAGCGGUUCUAUAUCACAACCACGGCCGACUGGGAUUGAUACCGAUGAUGGAAAUUUGCGUCAAUCUAGUACUGGUCAUCAGAUUACUGGAGCAAGGACGCAGGCUUCUCAAUUGGAGGAGUGGUUCCUGCAAAGCCGCCACGUGAUGGACAUGAUGGAGGAUGCUCGUCGUGAUUCUUAA